AUGACACGACUGACGCCACGGAAACGCGAGUCAAAGUGGGCACAAUGGGCUCGACGUGAGUCAAGAGAAAGGACUCAGCAGCGACUGGUGAUUCCAGGUCAAACAGGCAACGCGGCCGCUUUGAAUCCUGUGGCAACUCCUCCUCGCCGUAGCUAUGCCGGGAAGUCUUUCAGCCAGACGCGACCUCAGGUCACGACACCCCCAAGGACUGGCCCACGCCCACGUCGACAGGGCAUCAAAUCGCCUUCCAGUCCAGUUCCACUGAGUUCAACAUCCAGCGUAUCGGGCGACUUGGCAUUGACACCUACUCGGUUCCCCAAACAAGACAAAUCGUAUCAUUCUGUCUUACAAAAUCACCCCACUGCUACCGACCUGCUCCAAGAACAAAUCGCCCGCCAGCAAGCCGCAGCCCUCGAACGCGAGCGUGCCGAGAAGCGCAAAGAAGAACUCCGCAAAGACCCCAGCGCAAACUACAGACACAUCCUUGAAGUCUACAAACUCAUACCGCUUGAUCGGAAGCAUGGAGAGCUUCCAUCUCCUUAUUUGCUGAGGCUACUGGCAAAUCGCCCCAUGCCAGAUGAUGAAGAGAGUGAGCUUGCUCUGGCGAUUGUGUAUGCGAAGGAUCAUUGGGGCGACUUUGCCAUGUGGCCACAGGAUACGAAGAGGUAUGCGGAUUAUGAGAGGGAGAGGAGGAAGAAGGAGAAGGUGGGAGUUGCGGCUAAGUAG